UUUUCCUUUUUUUCUUAUCGGUAUCGGCAACUAAAAACAGCAUUUUCGGAACACUCUCUCUCCCGCUCUCUCUCUCUCUCUCUCUCUCUCUAAAAAACCAAGAUUACACGAAGCACGAUGCAACAGAACAACAAAUACAAAAUCUAGGGUUUCAAAAUUUCUCUCUCCCUUCGUUCCCUCUCUUUUCACUCGCUCCCCACUUUCCCCCCUCCUCUUGACCUAAUUCCUCAUUUCUUUCGCUCGACUUGUUGAAAUUUUCUCUCUUUCCCUCAAAAUAUUUUCCCGGGAAAAGUUUCACCCCCAGCGUCGAGCUUCCAUUUUCCAUUUCGAGCCUCCCAGCUCGUUCCAGAUCUGUGCGUGGUUUGAUUUGUUAAUUGAGACGAUUGAUGGAAUGGUAGGGUUUUGAGAGAGGGGAAUAACAUCUUUAAAGGAAUAAAUUCACACGAGAGAGAAUAUUUGGGAGCCCGUACGUAGCAAUUGUGGAGGAAUUCCUGAUCUGUACCGUAUAUAGCAAUUUGAUUCUUGUUACAAUAACAUUGAUUUUCGAUUCGGGGUGGGGGGUUUGAAUGCGUAAGGCUUUAUUAUGGAUUCAGAAUUUAUCGAGUCGCCUUCGACAAGUUUGGCCAAAUGUUGCGAUUGCGGGUGCGGUUGUGGGACAAUGAACCGGUCCUAUUCCGGGACUUGGCUUCGAUCCGUCAAGAGGAAAUUCGACGAGUGCGAAGAGAGGAAUAGAUUUUUCAUCCCGGGUUUGAAUUUACCACAGGUUGCGCGAGUCGAGAUUGAGAAUGAGAGGGACGCGUUGCGCGACAUGGUUAGUAGCCAACAGCAAACCAUACAGGAUCUCUCUGUUGAAUUGGACGAGGAGAGGAACGCCUCCUCGUCGGCUGCGAAUGAGGCCAUGUCGAUGAUUCUGAGGUUGCAGAGGGAAAAGGCUGAGAUUCAGAUGGAAGCACGACAGUUCAAGCGGUUCGCGGAAGAGAAAAUGGCACAUGACCAGCAGGAGCUCUCAGCUAUGGAGGAUUUGUUGUAUAAGAGAGAGGAGGCCAUUCAGUCAUUGUAUUGUGAGGUUCAGGCUUACAGACAUAGGAUGAUGAGUUAUGGGCUUACAGAGUCCGAAGCAGAUGGUGAGAGAGGUGGGAUUUCACGUAAUAAUAGUGCACUUGGAUUUCUUGAUGCCCAAGAACUAACCACCUAUGAUUAUCCUCCUCUCAAGUGCAAUUUGAAUGAAGUUCAUUCGGAGAUCGACAACGAUGUGGGUGAUGUUGAGAAAUAUGUAUUUGGGGAGACACCACGUUCUAGGGAUCAUUUGAAGGAUUUGGAAUUCCGGAUCAAUCAAUUGGAGAAAAGUCCUAGACAAAUCCCAUUGGAUGGGGACAUUAAUGGCGCAGAGAAUGCAUUUGAAAAGGUGAUAGUUGGUCAAUCUCCUAGGCAGCCUAGAAAUAUUAGGAAAAUGUCUACUGAUAGUCCGAAAUCGUUUUAUGGUAUGGGUAAAGAAGUCGGUCCUGAUUUUACCUCUGAUUCACCAAGGUUUGGUAGCAGUUUCCAUAAGAGAGAAUAUUCUCAGACAGAGGACUAUUCAAAUUUGAGAAAGGUGGAUAAUGCAUCGGAAGUGGGGGAUGAUAUGAGUGACAGAGUAUAUACCAUUGAUUCUGUGCAUCAAGGAAUGCCAUAUAAUGGUGUCUUGGAUACCAAGCCUUAUAUUGGAGUGUGUGAAGAUUAUUUAACCACUCCUAGGGAGUCGCUGAACCGGGAAAAUGUGGAUGAUCCUGAGAUCAAGAAGAUGUUCAUGCGGCUUCAGGCCCUUGAGGCAGAUAGAGAAUCAAUGAGGCAGGCGAUCAUUUCCAUGCGGACUGAUAAAGCUCAACUUGUUUUGUUGAAGGAGAUAGCUCAACAUUUGUGUAAAGACAUGUCACCGGCAAGAAGAAUGCCUGUGAAGAAACCAUCUAUUAUUGGGAGCUUUAACUUCAUGUCAGUGUUCAAGUGGGUUGCAUCCUUUGUUUUCUGGAGAACAAAAGCCUGCCAAACCAAGUACAUGUUUGGGAUGUCAGCCAACAAUAUGGGGUUGCUAAUGCUUUUAGACAAGGGUCCUCGCGUGGGGCAAUGGAGAUGUCUUUCAAGUACACAAGUAUGAACCCGGGUCUUGACCUUCUGUAUCCUCGUAUGAUGAAGCCUGUGCCGUGUGAAUACCGAGUGGAUUUUCAGGCAUCCGAUUUCAUUGCAUUCUUUGCUGUUGAUUCCUUGUUGCGGCAAAAUUAGGUGUUUUGGUUGUUUUUGUGCAGUAUUCUGUCGAUUCUUUUUGUCGGAAGUGAUUCUACAUUUGUUGGUUGAUCACUACAUGGGUUUAAGCUUGCAUAUUUGCAUGCUCGUAUGGUUUGGAAUUUAGCUUUGAGGCGUGUGUCAGGUUUGACAGUUCCUCCGUGUAUAGCACUGAUUUGUGUUCGACUCUCGGUCAAAUAUGCCGUGUGCCUAUACUUUUCGUACUGUAUCACGUGAAACUUGUCAUCUGAAAAUGAUAUUGCUGGAGAGAGGUUUGAUCA